AUUAGUUGGUACCGCAACCUAUUAACACCAUCCAUAGUAUUUAACCUGAAGUGGGAAUCAAACUAGCGUUUAUUCUGUAGUGGCAUUCUCCUUGUGGUUUGUGGUAUCCAACAGGGGUUGUUCUUUCCUUCAAUAUUCUGUGUAAUUUGUUUGAUUGAGUGGUUAAAAAUGAGCGGUCGAAUGAGCCAAAGAGGAGGUGAUGCUGCUUUUGAGGGAUCCCUCACGCCAAAUGAGAAGAUAUUGAGAGAUGUACAUCAGCUGUACGUGGAUGAAGAUAAUGGUCUCGUCAACAUCGCAAGAUCUUUUGCAAUCGACCUGUUAGCUCCUCGGAAGAAAAUCACAGUAUUGCUGAUUGGCAACCACUCAGCGGGAAAGAGUUCCUUCAUCAACUGGUACAUAGAAGAGCACAUUCUGAAGACAGGAGUGGCCAUUGAAACUCAGGGAUUCACUUUUGUCACCAGUGGGAGGAAGAGGGAGUCUCUGCAGGGCAAUGCGUCUCUACAUUUGAAUCCCUAUUUCAAACCUCUCCAGGAAAUACCAGGUGUGAUUGAGAACCUUUCGACUGAGAUCUCUACUUCGAGGAACAAGAAGUUUACUCUGGUCAACUUCCUGGACACUCCCGGACUGACAGAUGGAGACAUGAAGUAUGGAUUCGAUGUCGACCAGGCUAUUCUAUGGCUAGGGAAGAUAGCAGAUCUCAUUUUUGUCUUUUUCGAUCCAAUUGGUCAGGCUCUAUGCAAAAGGACACUAAACAUAGUAGAAGAGCUCAGCGAGAUCAGACCAGAAAGGAUGCGAUUCUACCUCUCAAAAGCGGACGAGGCUGGCCCAGAGUCCGAUAGACAGAAGGUGCUCAUCCAGAUAGCUCAGGAACUGUGCAAGAGACCCAGUCUGAACAAGGCAGGAUUCGAAAUGCCAACCAUUUAUGUACCUGGGCCCAACACCAAGUCGACUAGGUGUGUAAACCAGAUAGAGGAUGUAUGUAAGGACAUAGAGAAGACGAUCAACCUCACUAUACAGAACACACUGGACCAGCUGGACAAGGACUGCGACAUCAUCUUAGACCAGGUUCAGCACAAACUAGACAAGGAUGGCGAGGUGAAAUCCAGGAAUUCGAGUGCUAACUUCCGAGCCUACUUCCUCUGGACUCUCUCAUUUCUACCUCUGGUGCUCUGGGGCUCAUGUGCGCUGGACGCAUUCCUCACCAAGAAAACCAUCGUCACCGUCAUUCCUCUAGACUACUACACAAUGAUUGAAAAAAUUUACUUGAUCCCGACUAGAAGUAUGAUCUCUAAUGUGAUAGCUGACUACAACCUAAUGGCGGCAUGUGUUGCUGUCUGUAUCGUACUCUUCCUCCUGGGGGCCUUUAUUGGAAGGAGCAAACCUACUUUGAAACGCAAACAAAUUAAGGAUCUGAACAACAAGAGAAAUUUCAUUUUGGAGAAUGUCAAACCCAAAAAGGAUAAGUAUUACCAAUUUUACUUGAAGCAGUGUGUUUCUCAUCACGACAACUAAUGAAAACGAAUUCCUGCAAACGAACAGGUGUUGGACGUAGUAAUGACCUGCAAGAAGACCAGUAUAUUUACCAGUCGUUAUUAUAGCAGUACAUGGUGCAACUGAAUGUUGGGCAUUGUCUAACUUGAUGCUGAUAAAUUUGAUUUCAGAUAUUUGUAUUUUCUUUUCAUGUUGAGUUAACUUUCGAGCAUUUUGAUGUUAUUUCAUCUCUUGAUUCUUAUAUAUCGAAGUUGUAAAGUGAUGAUAUGGGAUCUCUUAAACUAUCCCCCCCCCUAGAGUACCAAAUGACGAAUUGCCACGAAUACAACGAAUUAAUUGUAGGGUUAAAAGUACAUGUAAAUUUUGCACCUUGUACCGAAUCUCCCCCUUUUGCUAAAUGGGUGAAAUAGUUAAGGAGGUCCAUGUUGUUAAAAUGUAAUUAUAUGGGAAAUACUUAUAUUUAAUUGAUUGUAAGUUAAUGGUUAAUGAAUAAUUGAAUGUUCCCUGGAGCGCCUUUUCAAUUUUGCUGCG